ACAUUUUAGGGAUUGUUAUUAUAGUUAAAUCAUGGUCACGCUGGAUUGAUGGUAACUUGAAAUUAAAGUACAUUGGAAAUUAAAAAAAUGGAGGAGGAUGCGGUUUGCCGGGUUUGCCUUCAGCAGGAAGGAGACAUGAUCAACAUAUUCGAUGGUACACUGUACCCAGAAAUUUCCAUUGCGGAUAUGAUUACCCGGUGGUGUGGCUACCAAGUGGCGAAAGGCGACUGUCUUCCGGAAAGCAUCUGCUCAACUUGCUUGGAAGACGCUCGGGUGGCAUUCGGAUUCAUUCCAAAGUUUGAAGAGGAGCAGAUCUAUAAAAUCAAAUGCGAGAAAUCGCGAAUAGAAAACGAGCCUGUGGACGAUGCGCUAUUUCUAGAAGCAGUCGGCAAAGCAUCAAACGAUCCAUUCGAGGAAGGCAUCUGCAGGAUAGAACUUGAUGAAGUUAAUCAAUCCAGUCUCCCCAACUAUAUUUCAACAACAUUGGAUCUACAUACAACCCCUAUUAUUCCGGACUUACCUUCUCGGGGAGGACUACGCUUCAAGUGUUCCAUGUGCACAAAAUCAUUUGCGGAAGCCUCGCAGUUUAGUCAACACAUUCUAACCCAUUCGGGAGAUGAUGACGGUAGCCAAGAAUCGAAGUUUUCUGGCUCAGAUUUUAGCAACUCUGAACAAGACAAUUACGAAGAGGAUGACUAUGACCCCCCAUCUGCCCAAACGCAUCAGGAUAAACGGCGCCACAAAUCCAGUAAUCCUUCCAGAACGCAUUUUAAGCCACAUUCAUUGAAUCAAGCUGAGAUCGAGCCGAAAGCUAAUUUGCAUCCAUCACAACCAUAUAGCACUACUUACAUGCCCUACAAAUGUAACUACUGCCCGAAAUAUCUGAAGGACAAGGACUCCUAUAGGUUACACAUCCAAUCCCAUGGGAAACGUUACAAGUGUUCCCAGUGUCCUAAGACUUUUGCGUAUGCAAAGCAGCAUAAGGAACAUAUUUUAAGCCACGCAGAAGAUUCAACCGAUAGACCUCCACCAUCAACUGCUCCAAACCGGGCUUUCAAAUGCCCCGAGUGUCCCAAGAUAUAUCCGUUUUCCUCUGGUUGCAGUCGUCAUCUACUAAGUCACGCAAAGAUUCGCCCGUACCAGUGUCCGGAGUGCCCCAACUCGUAUGCCCGUCCCUAUUCCCUGCGUGUCCACGUUUUAUCCCACUCCAAGGAGCGACCUCACAAGUGUGAGCAAUGUUCAAAGUCCUUUCGCUAUAUAUAUCAUUUCAAUGCGCACAAGCUGACCCACAGCGACGAGAAGGCGCACACGUGUAGCCAAUGCGACAAGUCCUUUACGAAUGCAUCGUAUCUAAGGCGCCACAUCCUGUUGCACACUGGGGAGAAACCUCACAAGUGCGAAUUCUGUUCAAAGGCUUUUUACCGCGCUUCAGAUUUGAAAAUUCACAUCCGCAUCCACACGGGGGAAAAACCGUAUAGAUGCGCCCAUUGCAAAAAGUAUUUUUCGGUUCUAACGAAUAUGACCAAACACCAAAGGAACUGCCUAUCUUGACUUCCGCGUCUCCUAUUUUUGGUUUAAAGGUAAAUAAAACUCUACACUAAGUAUGGGCUUUGUAUUCAGUAGAAGUUACUUGUUGCUUUAUAAUUAAUUUACAAAACAACGCCAAAUAAGUGAAUUUGUACAAGUUAAAUACUAAGCCUCGUUCUAGUUACAGAAUCUUUUUAAAAAGAUUCAAGUAUCACGCAAAUAUAAAUUUUUGUUAAUAAAUAAAUUGAGAACCAAAUCCA